UGAUAUUUCUUCAUGGCGGCCCUGGAGGACGCACCACAAAGGAAAACACGCAGUAUUUCGAUCCAGCCAUCUAUCGUGUAGUACUGCUCGAUCAAAGGGGCGCUGACAAAUCCCAACCGUGUGCCGAACUUCGGGAGAAUAACUCCCAUCUUCUUGUCGAUGACAUUGAGAGGCCCCGUGAGCACAUUGGUAUUCGGAAAUGGGGUAUAUAGACCUAGAUGCUUACGAUAAGUUUGUGAACCAUUUGCCAGCAUCCGAUAGGAAUGAUCCCUUGCAGGGGUAUUAACUCUUGACAUCCGAAGACCUCCAAGUAAGAAGAGCCGCAUCAAGAAGAUGGAACACGUGGACAUAACCAUCGGCGCCCCAGAGCCUAGUGCAAAUACAUUUGCCAAGAUAGAUGAUGAUGGCUGGUCGCUAUCGCAUGUCCGGUUAGAGGCUCAUUACUUUGCGCAUGGCGUCUGGUUGGAAGACAGUCAACUUUUCAACCCGCAAAACCUUGGUCGUGUCACACAUAUUCCGUUGACAAUCAUCCAGGGGCGAUAUGAUGUCAUUUGCCCUCCUCAAACAGCAUGGGAGUUGCAUAAGCUGUGGAGGGCUGAAGCGGAGGAAGUAAGGUGAUUGGUACAUAACUAAUAAUUAAUACAAUUGUGUACAGAAUAGUUACUAUCUC